UCCAGGCCUGACGCGAACUUCCGGUGGCGGGGUAGGAAGGACUUGAUAAGAGGGAACCGGGGCAAUCCCCGCCGCGCUGAUCUGGGAGCGGGCGGCGGGCCGGGCCGGGCCGGGCGUGGCGGGCUGGGGCAGCUGGCGCAGAGCCGGGUUCGCGCCCGCCAGCUGGCCGCCGUCGCCCGCUGCCAUGGACCCGUUCCUGGUGCUGCUGCACUCGGUGUCCACCCGCCUGUCGUCCAGCGAGCUGAGCGACCUCAAGUUCCUGUGCCAGGAUCGCCUGGGCAAGAGGAAGCUGGAGCGCGUGCAGAGCGGCAUCGACCUCUUCUCCUUGCUGCUCGAGCAGAACGACCUGGACCGCGAGAACCCCGAGCGGCUGCGCGAACUGCUCACCUCCCUGCGGCGCCGGGACCUGCUGCGGCUCCUGGACGACUUCGAGGCGGGCGCGGAGAUCGCAGCGAGGACAGAUGAGCAAGACUUCCAGGCGGCCUUCGACAUCAUAUGUGACCACGUGGGCAAGGACUGGAAGAGACUGGCGCGCCAGCUGAAGGUGCCCGACCCCAAGAUCGACGCCAUCGAGGUGAAGUACCCACGGAACCUGGUGGAGCAGGUGCGGGAGUCGCUGAGGGUCUGGAAGCGAGCGGCGCGGGGACAGGCCGAGGUGUCCCACCUGGUGCAGGCGCUGCGGGCCAGCCGCCUGAACCUCGUGGCGGAUCUCGUCGAAGAGGAGCAGCAGGCCCGGAGCCUCCGGAGUGAGAGUGGCAGCGGCACCGUGUCCCUCGAGUCGUGGGACUCGGACGCGCCUGUCCCAGGGGCCUCCUCCUGACCCUGCCGCCCUUCUCCCCGGGGACGACGGGCCUCUGCACAGCUGGGCUCCAGUUCCCGCCACGGGGUCGGCCAGGCGCUCUGACAGAGGCUCCUUUGAUGACGACGCACGGUCCCCGCCCGGGGCUCCGCCCCAGCUCGGCUGCCAGCUGCUCCGGCGGCCUGUCCCCCGGCGCCACGCGCGGCGUACGCCAGGCCUGCCCUCGGCGGGCACUGCCGCCCCGGGACCCCCCUCUCCAGCCCCCUGGAGCAGCCUCUCAUCACCCACCAUGUGACCUAAUCCCACGUGACCAAAGCUUUCAUCUUGAGCUGCAGGAUCCGGGAGGUGGGGGGCGAGAACGUGCCCCCCACCCGUGCUCCAGGGCCUGGCGGGGCCCAGCCCCGGGCAGCUGCAGGCCCCUGAGUCAGCCGUCGGGUGGGGUGAACGAGCAGGAGAAACUGCCCCCUGGAGAUGGGGGCUCCCAGCCGGACAGACACCUGCACCUACUCCACCGGCCCCCACGGGUGGCGGGGGGCUCCCCCAUGACGGCCCCGGGCCAGACUGGGAGGCCCGUGUGAGCAGGGCCAGCGUGGCGGCCCGGCUCCAGGAGAGAAGGACGAGCACGGGAAGACACGCGGCACACGGGGAAGGCUCAGACCACCGUCCGCUGACGACAGGCCCGCUGGCCUUCCCAUGUCCGCCGACCCGCUGUGUGCUCGGACACGGGCCGGAGGGCGGGCGGGCGGGCUUCCGAGUCAGGCCCGGGGCCGUGGCCUGGCCUGGCCUCUGGGCUUGUGUCCACACCCAGGGAGCUUCCAGCCACACUAGGUGCCCCCCAAACCCACGACUCCUUGCUCCUCGGUGCCUUAAACACAAGCCGUGGCGUCGCGCCCGGAGGCUGGUCGGAGGCCGUUGCCGCGCUUCGAGGUCCCCGGAGUCGGUCGCCUCUCGUCUCAGGUCUGAACUGCCCUGCGGCACGGAGCGCCUCCCUGCCCAUGACCCGGAGGCUGCUCCCAGGUGGCGUGUCCUCAGUGUCGUCUCCCUGGGGACCCACGUGCCCGAUGUCCCAUCAGAGGGAUGGUGUUUCUGGUUCUGAUGGGGGGGGGCAGCGGGCCCAGUGCUCCCGGCGCGCGGGGUCAGCUCCGUCGCCCUCUGCCCGCCGCCCCCCAGGGCCCCCAGCCCCCCACGCCCCAGGCGGCCCUGCUCUGCGGUCCCACACGGGGCUCUGUGUGUCGCCCCGUCUCCAGGGUCACCAGCACUCGUGGGAGCCUCGUCUGUUCCAUCUCCUGCCCGCUCCCUGGCCUCAGUCCUCUUCCCCAUCUCCCGGCACCUGCCGGGGUCACGGGCCGCCGACCCCUGGUGCGCCUCCGCAGCCGUGCCCCGCCGUGGGGCAUGGGGCGCCUCUCUUGACCCCCCCCUCGUGAAGCACCUCUCCUCUCCGGGUGCCCAGCCCCAGGCCCCUGGUUCUGCCGCGCCUUUCCUGGGGUGCCCAGCUCUGUACUGGUCACUGUGCAAGGCCUUUUACUGUGCGAGAGCAUAGUCCCAAGUGCCAGGGGCUGAGACGUGGGCCCUGGAGGGCAGGCUCUGUGUCUGCCCAGCCGUGUGAGACACAGACCAGGGCCGGCCGGCCCAGGCACCGCAGCACCAGCUCCUCCGCUCACAACUACCUCACCAGCGUCUUCCUACAGGUAACUGAACCACAUGGCGUGGCAAAUGGAGCCCAGCCUGAUGCAAAAAACCUGUGGGGAGUGAUUCACCACACAGGACCCAAACCCACGGAGGAUUGGUUCUCCCGUGGGGAGCCAGGCCUGCAUUGGGCCUGGGCUGCUAUGAGGCUUGCUUUGGCUAAAGCUCCCUCACCCUGGAUGGAGGCAGCAAAGGUCUACUGCGUAUCUUUAAAGUCACUUCUUAAAAUCUGCUAAACCUCCCAAGUAUGGAGUGUAACCAGUUCAACCACCUUUCCCCUUGAGCUGCAGCAUUCUUCUCUUUGAAGUAAUUACCAACAUCCUUUCCUUUGUUAUCUGUAAAAGGUAGCCACCUAAAGCGAACCCGUGCAUAGUAAAUGAGGACCAGCCUGCAUGUCACGUGCCCAGAAAAGCAACAAAGGCCGGUCCAGGCGGGGGUCGGGCCCCCUCUCACUCAGAGAGUGUCCUGCGGUCCGGGUGAAUUUGUGCGCCGCGGCCACAGCACUCAGACCCCGUGGGCCAGAGUGCACAUCUUCCCACAGCCUGUCCCCCCUGGGAAUGAGCUUCACCACCUCCCUGGGCCACCCAGGCUCUGCCCUUCUCUGCCCCGCCCACCCCUUGGACCCAGCCUGCAGACCCCUGACUGCGUCCUCAGAACCACACGCUGUCCGCACAUGUUUUGUUUCGGGUUAUUUCCACGAUCACUGCUCUGAGUCCUGAUGCUGGCUCCAGCAUCGCUGUGCGUGUCGCUUCUGGGACCAGACGGGCGAGCACGCCGGGGCCCUCCGUGCAUGGGCACAGAGGCAGGACUUGUCUGGUGCCAGGAGCAUCUGCAGUUGAAACCUGUUCCCGUCAGAGCAGUCCUCAGCAUUGAAUCUGAUUCGAUGAAGACACCGGCAGGAGUCACGCAUGCCCCGGCCUGUGUGGCUCAGCGGGCCAGGCGCCAGCCUGCGAACCAAAGGGUCAUGCGUUGGGUUCCCAGCCAGGGCACAGGCCUGGGUUGGGGGCCAGGUCCCUGCCAGGGGGUGUGUGGGAGGCAGCCACACACUGAUGUUUCUCUCCCGCUCCCCCGCCGCCCCUGCCUCUCUCAAAAAAAGUCUUCGAAAAAAAGUCACACAUUUACCCACUGCAUUGUCACCAAAGAAUGCAGGCCGAUUCAGUGGGGGCGUGGGGUCCUCCCAGAGGGAGCCACGUGACGUGUGGCUGCAGCUCUCCUGGGUUGAACAGAAAACUAUCUUGGACCCUUCGCGUCACCCCAGCACCAGGCAGGCCCAAGGCCCCCAGUGUCCCAAAGCUGCCUGAUGACGGUGUAGGCACGAGGGGACAGCUUUGUCCCACCAAACUCACGUGCCGAGGGUGGGACAGCCGCACAGUGUCAUGGGCGUGCUCAGGGACAUUUAAACGUGGCAGAAAGGUCACAUCAGGUCGACCAAAAAGUCCGUUUUGUUUCUCUGUGAGGCUCAUGGCUCUCGGCGGUCUUCAGCUGGGUUCAGGACAGUCUUAUUAGCGUGUGCUGGGCUGCUGCCACGUCCUCGUGCGCCCACUCAGUUGUUCAAGCGUGGCCGUCCCCAUCUCCCCCCCCCCAACUCUCCCCUGGCCGCCCACCCCACCACGCUGUCCUCGUCCGUGGGGCCUUCACACGUGCACCUUGACUUGACCCUUCCCCUCUUUCCCCCAUUACCCCCUCUCCCCGUUCCCCUCCGGUCACUGUCCGUUUCUUUAUUUCCACGUCUCUGGUUCUGUUUUACACUCUUGUUCGUUUUGUUGGUGAGGCUCCACUUACAGUGAGAGCACAAGCCUGGAAUACUUCACUUAGUGCAAUGCUCUCCGGUCCCAUGCAGCUGUCUCCAAGAGCUCCCCGCAAAGGGCGGGAGCCCCUCCUUUCUGCAGCAUAGCAUUCCGCUGUGUGCACAUGUACCGCAGGUUUUUUUACCCACUAAAUUACUGAUGUGGGCUUGGGUUGUUUCCAAAACUCCAAUUAAUGCUUCUAUGAACACUAGGGCACACAGGUUCUUCUAAGUUGGUGUUUCGGGGCUCUUGGGGUACAGCCCGGUCCCCGGGAUCACUGGCACAAGAGGCAGUUGAAACUUUCGUGCUUUGAGGAAGUUCCAUACUGUCUCCCACAGCGGCUGCCCGCCGGCGGCGCACUGGGGUUCCCGGUCUCCCCGUCCUUUCCACUGCAUGUGGAGAGGUUCAUUUGUCUGUGAUGGCCGUUCUCCCUGCUGUGAAGCGGUAUCUCGUCGUGGUUUAAUUGUGCAUCUCUGGUGGCUAGUGACACUGAGCCUCCCUUCAUGUGGCUCGGGCCCUCUCUGUGUCCCCUCCGGAGAAGUGUCUGUCCGGGUCCUUUGCCCAUUUUUUAAUUGGAUUGUCUGUCUUCCUGGAGUGGAGUCGUGUGAGUUCUUUCUAUAUUUUGCAGAUGGAGCCUUUGUCUGAGGCAUCGUUGGCAAAUAUAUAUUCCCAUACAGUCGACCCUUGUCAUUUUGCUGACGUUUUCUUUAGCCUUGAAGCUUUAUUUGCUUGCUGCAGGGCACGUGGCCGUGAGAAGACCACUGCACAGGGUGUCGGAGGCUUCCCAGCCUGUGUCCCCUCCAGGACUUACCGUGCCGCGGGUCCUGUUGCAGCCUUUCCUACACCGAGUUUCUUCUCAUAGACAGUGCGGGCUGGUGGUGCAGUUGCCUUUGUUUGCACGGAGCUGCCCGGCCCUCCCAGCACCAUUUGUUCAAGAGGCUACUCGUGCUGCACUGUGUGUUCGUGCCACUUUGUCACACGCCGGUCAACCGUAGGGACCUGGGUUUGUCUCUGGGCUCUCUGUUCUGUCCCCGAGGUCCCCGUGUCCGUUCUUACUCCAGCCCCGGGCUGUGUCAGCCACGGCGGCCUUGCGAUGCGGUCCGGUGUCGGGUGUAGUGCUCCCUCCCGCUGCGUCCUGUUCCUCAGAAUCGCUGAGGCUCUUCGGGGCCGUCCCGGGGUCCCCGUGAAUGUUUGAAGUGUUUAUCUUAUCUCUGUGAAAUGUACCAUGGGUGCCUUCAUAGGAAUUACACUGAAUCUACAAGUUGCUUUGAGCUACAUGGACAUUUCGACGAUGUUAAUUCUUCCAAUACAUGAACACGGUAUAUGCUUCCAGUUAUCUGUGUCCUCCUUAACGUCUCUCUUCAGUGUUGUGUAGUUUUCUGAGUCCUGCUUUCGCCUCCUUCGUUGGGUUUAUUCCCAGGUCUUUUAUUUUUCUUGUUGCAAUGGAAUUACAAAUGGGAUUUUUUCCCCCCUAAUUUCUGUUUCUGCUGUUUCAUUGUUGAUGACAUUGUUAUGGCAUUUUUGUACAAAAAUGCCAUACUUUCUUCAAUAUUGUCUUUGUUAUACCAGGGUGCCUUUUAAAAACUCCUAAAAAAUGGUCAAUUUUUGUGUGGCCAUUAGCACUGAAGAUGGAAGAAUACUGAACAGUUUCAUCACAUUUUGCUUUGUUAUUGCAAGAAGGAUAGAGACACGACUGAACCACAAAGGGAUACGUGUGCAGUGUCUGGAGAAGGUGCUAGGACCCGUCAGACGUGGUCGCAGUCCCCGGCCUGUGAACCGAAAGGUCAUCUAUUCAGCUCCCGGUCGGGGCACAGGCCCGGGCUGCGGGCCAGGUCCCCAGCUGGGGGCACAUGCGAGGCAGCCACACGCGGAUGCUUCUGUCUCUUCCUCCCUUCCUUUCUAAAUAAAUGAAAUCUCUAAAAGUAA